CUUUUGAUUUUGUUUUAUCCUUGCGUUUUUCUCAACGGUCGGUUUCUCAUCAUAGGAUUGCAAUUAAUUUCUGUUUAAUGAUUUUACAGUGAAAAAUUCAACUAUUCUAUGAAUAAAGUGGCAAAAUGUCUCUAGUAAUCAAUAAUGAAAUGCUGGACAAAUUAUCUCACGAGAUUUAUGAAAUCCGUGUCCGGGCUUUGCACGACAUUGAAAACAAGGUGAAGCGGGCCCUUUGGGAGCAACAGGAGAUCAAGUUCCGUCCCACUUCGUUGCUGAAGAACCUGAUUCGUUGGUUCGGUAACGUUCCCAUUUGCGAGGAGACGACAGUGCUGGAGCUGAUUUCGUUGCUUUUGAAUAGCCCUCAUGGUUUGGCUAUUGUGAGCCACUUUACGAGUAAACGUCUCAUUACCGAGAUGGGGAAAGUGAAAUAUCUGGUUGGUAUGAAACCGGAACUUGCCGAACUUGUGGACAAUAUCAUUCACACAGUGAGAAGCUUCGAAAUCAAAGAAGCGUCGAGAAACCAACAGAGUAUUGUAGAUAGCUUAUCAAGCCUCAAACUUGAAUGCAUCGAUCUGACAGAAUCUCCCCGACAAAGCUUGGGUACCACGCAGGAUAGAGGUCCCUAUUACUACACAAAUUGUUGGGAGAUACCACUGGCACCUGAUGCCAAAGUUUUCAACGAUCUUAACGAAUCAUUAGACGCUAAUGGCGAUGAGACUGCAAUCAAACACGCUUUCAGUUAUCUCGCAAGGUCCAUCAAUGACUAUCCACCGGAGUUUUUCUUACAGCCACCGUAUGUGUUCCAUUCUUUGCUUCAAUUGUUAGAAGCGAGGCGAGCAAAGUUGACCACAACCAUCGAAAUGUUUCAUCGUUUGACCAUUUCAAUUCAAAAACGCUUGAAAUCCCUCCAACUGACCAGUAUAUACAUCUACAAGGAUCCAAAAACUGAUUGUCCUGAGCAACUGAAAUGUGUGCAAAUCUCCGUUCCAGCUUUCGUUCACGAUCUAUGCAUGUUAGGUAUAAGCCGCCUGAAAGAAGCGUCCGACGAUAGCGAUGUCCAAGUGUCGAACAAAAUUUUCAAUUUGCUCCACGAGCUUCUUGAGUUGGGGCAAAUGCACCCGCUGGAAGACUUUCAAAUCCGUCAAAUUCGUUACGAGUUGGGCUACCUGACGAAGCACUUUCGUCAAUCUUGGGAAUCCCACAGUAAAAGUUUCGCCACCCGAACAAAAUACCUUGUAACCAUUAGUAUUCUUUCGCGAUUCUUACAAAUAACACAAGAUGCCCAAUCACCCGAGCCUAUGGAUCAACCAUCUAUUUCCAACGACACAUGCUUCCCGCACAAACCUCACUACAACCCGGCAGAGUUCGAAACCAUCAACUCCACCGCCCAAAGGCGAACAACCAUCGAAGAUGACGACCAGAAUUGGCUCCAUGAACUGCAACUAGCAGCGCUGGAUUACCCGAUGAAGCACAUCUACCCAUCGAUCUAUGCACCCGUACUUGAUCUGGCUCUGAAAUCCGGCAACACUCGUAAGUUGCAAGUUCUUCUCGGUGCCGACGAAAUUCUGGCACCGGCCGUGGCAAUCUUGAGGCAGCCAUCAGCCAUGUCCGAUGAGGAGCUGGUCAUGAAUGGCCUAAAUGCCGUCGAUACACUCCAUUUGCACCGGUCGGUCGCUAUGGUUAAAUUGUUGGUUCGAGCUGUGGGAAAAUGUCAUGACUGCUUCGAGGGGAACUACAAGCUGCGAGAUGCCGCUGAGAAACUGGUGCUCCGGUUGCUAUCUCACUCGGACGAACGAAUCAAAAGUGCCGCGUACGACCAAUGCAAUGCCGUGAUGAAGGAUUACAUAAGCUCUCUGGACGAGGGAGCCAUUCUAACUCACCGCAAAGGAGUGAACAAGUUGGGAGCUGGCAAAUUGGCCUCGCUUGGCAUACCGCUGUCGGUGGAAAUUCUUGUUGAAGUUAUCUGCUUCGGAUACUGCAGCGCCAACAGAAAGAUCAAACAACAAGCAGAAACAAUUCUCCUGUUUGUGUUGAACUCGCGCUCAUUCCUACUAGAACGAUGGAAUGAUCUUCUAGAUAUUAUUAUCCCCGUACUACCAUUUCUGCAAACGGCUGGCAUAAUAAAAUCGCAAUCGACACUAUCACGUGCUAUAUUUGCCCUACUCCAUCCGGACUCUCAACUCUCAGCGACUGACUUACUCCGAGGAAAUCUACGCUACCUUUUUCAGGACGACGCCGAUAUUCGCGAGGAAGCCCUAACUCGAGUGCUGUUCCUCAUGAGCGUUGCACCGAACGCACAUCAGUAUUCACCUAACAUAGAGCAUAUCCGUGACACAUUGUCCAAUGCCAUUUGCUUGACGAAAUCCAAGUAUGACGUUGGCAAGCACCUUUCUACGGAUGUGUUUGAAAUAAGUGCCGUCAAGCCCCUGUUGGAUACACUGGUGCAGGAAAAUUCCGAUCCUGGGAUCAGACGGAGUGCCCUCGUCCAGCUGAACGCCAUGGCUGAAGAUCCCGUUCUUUGCGAGAUCAUCCAUAAAGCUAACGGAUGGGCGUUUAUAUUGCAGGUGCUGGACAAUGCUUUGCGCGAGCAGCACUUCCUCGACUACCCGGACAGUGCGGUACCGGCAGUUGGUAUUUUGACGAAGCUUUGCUUUGCCAUUCCUGAGUUUCGAAGAUUUUUGGCGGACGAUGUAAACGUAUACUAUUUGAUUGUAAGAUCAUUGUUGAGUUUUCAUCAUUUGCCAAUUUUUAAACCGGAUUGCUGUUCACUCUUGUUCCUGUUGCUGUUCAGUGAAUACACUUUAGGGUGUGGGAAAACCGUUUCGCUCCCGGCGAUAUGUAAGAACUACAAAAUUCCGUUUAUUUGCGAGUACCACUGGAAGUAUAGCCCAUUCGACGAGUUGAGCUACUUAGAAGAGAUUUUCAUCGAUGAAGAGCGGGACGAUCAGCAAUUUACUGCAGAAGGGAACACCAUUUUACGAUUAAGCAGACCAUGUGGCAUGGAAUGUGCAACCACUCGAAUGCAACAACAGGACAUUAAUGAUUUAGAAAGCAUGAAUCACACCGUGGAAAACAUGGUCUAUUUGGAGAGUUAUCGUCAGGUCGCUUGGCAGUUUUUACGAUUAUCGUUCGCAAGUCAAUGGUUCGAUGCAUUUGAAAAUAUUAUGAUAAAUGCUAAACGAUCUCGGCAAACACUUGACUCUAGCAAAGAGGAUGGCGCUCUUGUGGACUAUAAUGUGCUGCCCCCUCACUUGGUGUCACCUAAGGAGAAUGAAGAUGAGGAUGGAGUUAUUGAACUAGAUGAUGGCUCCUUGGAAUUUGAUCGAGUCCUUCACCUCACAAAGCAAGACUUGAAUAUGAUUCGAACAUCUCAAACAGAUGAGAUUUUUCGCAACAGUUUGAAAGCUAUAGCGACAGCGGUGUCCCACGCCGAAGUGUCCAUAGGAUUGUCAGGAUUAGAAAGUAAUCUAAUAUUGCCAAUGAGAGAGCAAAUUUUACACAACUCAAUCGUAAAGCAUCUAAAAAAGUUCAUUCUAACUCCGCCCAACACUCCAGCCGAUGAACAGCUACUCAUCGAUGUGCUCAGUUUACUGGGAGAUUUGAUACAAAUUGGAUACGAGAACGUAUUGGUCUGGAUAGUGACUCUGUUGUUUGAACAAACGAGCAUUUUUAUUCAACUGCUCAAAUCGGAAACGUGUUCCGAAGAACUGUUCAUGAAAAACGUAGACUUCAUCCAAAUUGUCCUGCAAGCGGCUCUUGCUUGCGAUAACCCAAAUGUAGCAAGCCUGCUUAUCAACGAAGAAGGUUUUCAAAUGAAGGUCAAACGGGAACACAAUUUCAACUUGUUGAACAGACUUUUGGAAAUCAUAACGAACCGUUUGGAUAAUGACCUACAAAAGUGCCACAUCGGAAAUGUCCUCUCGUUGAUCAGUUUGGCGAGGGUGAUAGCACUUAGUGAACUGAUCGAAUUCGAGAACAAAUUUCUCAACCAUGUCAUCAACAAACUGUGUUCGUACAUUGCGCGCAUUGGAAUGCUUACCUAUUCGGGUUCAACGAUAAUAAAGAAUUGCCUGAUGGUCAUAUCUUUGCUGUUAGACCAAAUGCGAGAAGUUCACCUGAAAUCGAAACACUUCAAGGUGAUCGCAUCACAGUGCAGCCAUACUAGUAUACUGAUUCGAUCGUGUGCCUGGAAUGUGCUUGCAAAAAUGGCAAAAUCUUUGUCCGGAGCGCACUCGAUAAUUAAGGAGUGUAUCUAUCUACCCGGUGGAAUGCACGCUUGUUGCAUCAAAACGAUUCUGGAUCCGGAAGAAGCCAGUCUGGUUAAGGAAUCUGCUGCUGGAUUGCUCAUAAAUUUACUAUCACACAAGGGGGACAAAGAUGAACCUCUGCACAAGUAUGUAAUUCCGUGUGACAAAGUGUCUAGCAGUGUGAAAGAUGUAGAUGCCAUUGAAACACUUUUCACGGUGUUAAGAAAGCAUAGGUUUUUCGAGCAAUCUCUGGAAUCCCUUCAAAGCUUCACCACCCGUGAUGAAGUAGAAAUUGGAGAACUCGAUGGAAUUCAGGUGGUGACUUGCGACGUAGUCAAAAGCUACAGCAUGAUAUUCUCUUGUUUGAUCGACCUGGCACCGGGUUUAACCGAACAUCUAAUCGAGAAGUGCUGCUUGCAGCGUUUAAUGAACUGCGUUUCAAAUGUGCCUUUGCAUCCGGGAAAAUCCGCUCUGUUGAUGGUAUCGGAAGUGUGCAAUUUGUUAAUGCGAUGUCUGACGUACAAAGAGGACGAUAUAUGUGAGCUGAUAUCUCCCUAUCAGGCUGUUAUUGGCGGGAUAAUUUAUCUACUGAAUGGCGACUUGUAUCAAAGUUACGACGAGCGUUUACUUCGCCAGGUCACCGGUAAUAUUAUGCAGCUUUUGAACGUACUGGUCGCCAAUAAGAUCGGUAAUCAACUUAUUACCGGUGUACUGUCGGAGUUGAAACUGGAGCCACUUCUCAGAUUGAUCAUGAAAGCAAUUUCGGACCACAAACAGAAAGAAUACCAAAUUGCAUGCCUCCGGUUUCUAACGUUGCUAACACUGUUGUCGGAUAACACUUCGGUUUGCGAUUUCCAAUCAUUCCUCAAUCUCAUGGAAACUACCCCACUCCAGCAAGCGUCAACCACGUCUACAGAAAACUUACCUACAAAAUCCGGACAGAAGAUGCGCUACUUGACCGAUAAUUUCUGCAUAGACGACGACGAUCGAGAAAAUCAGGACCCCAACGGGUUGAAAAAGCGCCAAACACUGCCAAUCAAACAGAACGAAAAUGAAACCAUGCAAACAGGAAGCGAAUACAUGUUUUCUGCACUGAUGGAACAGUUUCGGAUUGCAUGUUUAAAAGAUAAACCCGAAAAUGGCGCACUGGUUUCCACUCUCCAAAAAAGAACACUCUUCUCCGCAAUUCAGGUGAUGCUGCGGCAAUCGGAAAAGGCUAGGAAAGUUGCCCGCACGAGCAAGUUUCUGGAAAUGCUUCUCGACCGCAUGGAAGCUAUCUACAGUGGAAUUGGCAUCAACUAUCAGACUUUUGUAAAGAAGCAUGGAGAAGGGCGAAAAGCUCCAAUCGUGGAGGAGCUUACGUUCAUUGCGGGGAUUCUAUCGGCGUGGUUCAUCCAGGACAUUUUAGUACAUCAGGCCAACAUCAACUAUAUAUGUCGAUUGUUCCUGCAAUAUUGGCCGUGGAUCAGUAACAACCGUGAUUUGGAGAUAGCGUUCAUGAAAGCCUUAGUGUGCCUUACCGAAAAUUCGAUCGUAGUUUGUAAAAGUCUGUGCAUACCGCACGCAGCACAUCCCCAUUCCAUAUUGAAGCUUACAAUAGCCACGGUAACGGGUGAAACAGGUAAAGUAAAAGGACCGAAAGCUGAACUGACGUUGCUUCGCCUUUGCUUGAGAGUUCUGAUGAACUGUUGUUCCUGCCAUGAAGGACGUGUGAUGAUCACCAAGUUUAACGUGCUGGACAAUGUGAGCAAAUUGCAUCCGGUUGUUACAAAACUGCAAAAGCCAUGGAUCACGGUGACUAGGCUAUGGUUGGAGUUCUGGGAACUCUACAGUCGACACAACGAUGUUAGCGAAGUCAAACAUCUCACAGUGCUUGGAGCGCUCAUUCGUAAGUCAACGCCAGAGUUACGUCGCUUCGCGCUGGAAAUUAUGCGUAACAUGUCAUUCGUUAGCAACAAUCGACCGGCACUGCUUGCUUCUCAGGACUACAUGUACUCACUUAGAGACGUCCUGGACGGCACGGAUCCGGCCGAGCAGUUACUUGUGGUAAGUUCUAUAUGGAAAAUAAUUGCUAACAAUUUCAAAGGCAAAGCUGCCAUCAAAAGCAGCCCACUGCCGAGGCGAUUGAACGCUUUGCUCAGGCAGCGAUCUUUGUUGGAACGCUGCGAAGAUGAUGAUCUCUUCAAUGUGCUCACGGUAGUGGUGAGCCUCUUAAAUGCAUAACAAUUAGAAUUAGGAUCGAUUUAAAAUUUAUUCACGCUUUUUUGUUAAAAUAAUACAACUGUACAGCUAGAUGAAUUCUAAAA